AUGGAAGCGGACGAUGAUAGCCGUAGUCAGGCUAUCCUGAUCGUUACUGCAGUUUUUCUCGCCAUCUCGCUCAUUUCUGUCGGCCUCAGAAUCUUUGUUCGAACUCGCGUGGUAAAGGCAUUUGGCAAGGAUGAUGUCUUUAUGGUAUUGGCCAUGAUUCUUAAUCUGGCCUUUGCCAUUUGUGGUUUCCUUGGAGUUAAAUACGGAAUGGGACGGAAAUUGGUUCAUUUUGUUGGGAGAGAGGAUGAUUUCCACAAGGCCUUGUUGUGUUGGUGGCUGGGCCAAAUCUUUUAUGUCGUUACCUGUGUCGUCGCCAAGAUAUCCAUUAUCAUCACUCUUUUGCGCAUCACCGUGGAUCGCGUCCAUGCCUAUAUCCUUUACGCUGCUAUCACUCUCGCCACUGCUGUUGGCAUGAUCUUUCUUUUCUUCACCAUCUUCCAAUGUCAUCCCGUCGACUUUUUCUGGAACCGACUCACCGAAUCCGGCACCUGCAUCAGUACCAACCUGCUCAUCGAUAUCGCAUACUUGUAUAGUGUCGGUGCAGCCGUCACGGACCUUACCAUCGGUCUCCUCCCCGUCGCAUUAAUCUGGAACCUUCGCAUGAACAACCGCACCAAGGCGGCCAUUGUCGGAAUCCUAGGAAUUGGCUGCAUCGCGAGCGCCGCCGUGAUCAUUCGCAUCCCCUUUGUUAAAAAUUACAAAAGCACUGAAUUCUUGUAUAAUACUUACCAAAUCUCCAUCUGGUCAAACGUUGAAGCCGGCCUAGGAAUCACAGCCGGGUGUCUUACCACCCUCCGCCCCCUUGUCAGAUUUCUCCGCGAUGGAUCCUCUGCCUCCCGCAGCCGCAACAACCGUACCCCCGGCCCCGGAUCUUUUCCCUUAUCCAGCAAUGUGGCGCAGGGCUUCCACCGUUCCACUCGAUCAAAGCCCGAUGGCGAAGAAGGGCAGUUAUGGACAGGCACAGACAAUGAUGAUUAUCAUGGUGUUACGACUACGAUCAUGGGUAGCCAGCGUCCCGGACCGACGAGCAGUAGUGAAGAGGAUCUCAAUCCGAUGAGUACUGGGUGGAAGGUUGAACGGUCCGUUCGGGUGUCCGUGCGCGAUGAAUGA